UUGAAUAGCAAAGAUACCGGCGGCGUAGCAUUCGUACGUUAACACCGCGUUAAACUUGACAUUGUCGGUCGGAAAGCCGAACUUGACGAUGGCCGUACCAUCACCUACGACAAGUGCGUUAUUGCCACAGGUGGUAUGUCUUUUCCGAUCCCUGAGCGGUGCCCUCAAAGAUGCCCACGAGCACGUAACGCUGUUCCGCAACAUCGAUGGCGGUAACAUAGGCCGAGUCCUCCCUAAAUAUUUGAGCCAAUGGACUUCCGAGAAGGCUGGAGAUGUUGCGUUCUUUUGUGAUAUUAAAUUGGGUCGUCGUCGGAUGGAACAUCAUCACUUUGCUGUUGUAUCAGGGCGAUUGGCUGGAGAGAACAAUACUGGCAACGAAACAUGGAUGAACAACUGCAAUGAACUGUCACCAAGUUCAUUCUUCGUCGUAUAUCAUUACGCAAUCGGUGUCGUGCUGUUGCCGUUUGUCGUAUCGUUGAAGGUUGGGUCGAUCACUGGUGUACCCAUGUCUCCUGGGUAUGGCGGAUACCAAAGCACCACGCCGCCGCCUUGCAACACAACGACAACAUUCGCACCAACCGGUUACUACACUGAAGGCCACAAUUACUACACCACCAAUACUCCAUAGUAUUACACCGCAGCUAAUGCUGCCCCGAGCUAAAUCACCAAAGAUCCUGAGUACUACACCGAGGCUCCCAAAUACUACACCACCAAGUCACCGGAGUACUACACGUAUUUUGCCCCAGCUUAUGCACCGAGGCUCCCAAGUAUUACUCAGUACCUAGCUA